AUGAUCAAACCUCCCCGAGUCCAAACCCAAGAAUCAGGAAGUAAGCGCAGGUUUCAGCACAGUGUUGAAAGAGAACCCCGCUUGUUCUAUUCUCUCCUGCAGUUCGGCAAAACUACUACCUACAUUUUGUGUUAUACAAGGCAUCGUUGGAAGUGCAUUGAUGAUGUGACUCUCUCAAAAUCCAUCGUCACUCGGGCUAACCGGAAGCCAUGGCUGACAGGGGCUGUCUUCAGGCUGGUGAGGGCCAGGGACAAAGCCUUUAGAGCAGGGGAUGAGGCUGGCUUGAGGACUGCGAGGGCCGACCUGUCCCGGGGCAUCAAAGAAGCAAAGAGGGCGUUCUCGUGCAAAAUUACAGCCCACUUCAAGGACAGCAGGGACGCACGGAGCCUUUGGCAGGGCAUUCAGACCAUCACGGAUUACAAGCCCGCGCCGCAGAGCUGUGAAGGCGACGUCCGUCUGCUCAAUGACCUCAACCGCUUCUUCUUCGACGCUCAGAACAGCACUUGCCCGCUGAAGGCCACUCCCCCUUCACACGAGCUGCCCCUGUGCCUCUCCGCCGACAGCGUGAGGAGGGCGCUUGCCGCUAUCAACAUCCGUAAGGCGGCGGGCCCUGACAACAUCCCGGGUCGGGCACUGAAGGACUGCGCUGGUGAGCUGACGGAUGUCUUCACGGACAUCUUUAACACUUCCCUGCAGCAGGCCAUCGUCCCGUCGUGUUUCAAAGCUGCCACCAUCGUACCUGUGCCGAAGAAACCCGCUCCGUCCUGCUUCAAUGACUACCGCCCCGUGGCACUUACGCCAAUCAUCAUGAAGUGCUUUGAGCGGCUUGUCAUGGAGCACAUCCGAUCCGUUCUCCCCCCCCACCAUUGACCCCUUCCAGUUUGUGUACCGAGCCAAACGGUCUUCUGAGGAUGCCAUCUGCUCUGCCCUCACCCACCUGGAGAGGAGGGACUCGUAUGUGAGAUUGCUGUUUGUGGACUUCAGUUCUGCCUUCAACACCAUUGUGCCACAACGCCUCAUUAGCAAACUUGACGCGCUAGGCCUCAGUACCUACCUCUGCAACUGUCUACUGGACUUCCUCUGUCAGAGGCCACAGGUAGUACGUGUUGGCGACAAAAUCUCCGCCAGCAUCACGCUGAGCACGGGGGCCCCCCAAGGCUGCGUGCUCAGUCCGCUGCUCUUCACCCUCCUGACGCAUGACUGCACUGCAACCUACAGCGACAACCGUAUAGUGAAGUUUGCUGACGACACGACUCUGGUGGGUCUCAUCACCAAGGGAGACGAGACUCAAUACAGGCUGGAGGUUGAC